UGCACAGUACAUUCCCAGAACGAACAGGCAGGCACAUGAGCAUUAAAAAAAAAAAAAAUCUGCAGUGAUUGUGGCUGAACUGAAAGGAAAAAAGUCCUCCUCCUCUCCUCUUUCCUUCUUGUAGCCAAAUGCUACCAUUCAGAUCAGCACAAGCUGUCGAAUCAACAGCAUGGCUGCCAACAGCAGCAGAGCUGUCCCUCCAAAACUCAAGAAACUAAAGAGCCUAAAUGUAGAAGUUGGAGCAAAGGUUUCUUUGAAAUGUGAGGCAAGCGCUGGAAACCCCCAGCCGUCCUACAAAUGGUUCAAAGAUGGCAAAGAAAUGAAAAAGAGCAAAGAUAUCAGAAUAAAAUAUGGGAAUGGAAAGAAAAUAUCUAGACUUCAAUUCAGUAAAGUGAAAGUUGAAGAUACAGGGGAAUACAGUUGUGAAGCAGAGAACGUGCUGGGAACAGACAUAGCCACAGGCAGUCUCACAGUCAGGAGUGUAACCACAACUCUGCCUUCUGGGCCUGGACAUACUAGACAAUGCAAUGAAACAGUGAAAUCCUAUUGUGUGAACGGUGGAGUGUGCUACUACAUUGAGGGCAUAAAUCAGUUGUCAUGCAGGUGUCCGAAUGAAUUCACAGGGGACCAGUGUCAGAACUUCGCAAUGGCCAGCUUCUCCAAAGCUGAGGAGCUGUAUCAGAAGAGAGUUUUAACCAUUACUGGGAUUUGUGUUGCAUUGCUUGUUGUGGGAAUAGUAUGUGUAGUAGCUUACUGUAAAACCAAAAAACAGAGAAAUCAGAUGCAUAAUCAUUUACGGCAAAACAUGUGCCCAGCGCAUCAGAACAGGAAUCUAGCGAAUGGCCCUAGCCAUCCUCGGCUGGACCCUGAGGAAAUUCAGAUGGCUGAUUAUAUGUCUAAAAAUGUUCCUGCUACUGAGCAUGUCAUAAGAAGAGAAAUAGAGACCACCUUUUCAGGGAGCCAUUCCUGUUCACCAUCACAUCCCUCUUCCACAGGAACUCCAACUUCAAGCCAAAGACACGAAAGCCACACCUGGAGCCUGGACCGCACAGAAAGCCUCACUUCCGAUUGCCAGUCUGGGAUGAUGUUGUCUUCUGUGGGAACCAGCAAGUGCAACAGUCCUGCCUGUAUGGAAGCCCAUGCCCGGCGGGAAGCUUGCUAUUCCGUCGAAGAGCAGAGGAGGCCAAUGAUGCAAUACAGAGAUUCUGUGGAUUCCCUUCGAGACUCACCACAUAGUGAGAGGUACGUGUCUGCCUUGACCACCCCAGCACGCCUGUCCCCUGUUGACUUCCACUGCUCAGCUUCAGCCCACAUGCCCACCUUUGAAAUCACCUCUCCUAAUUCUGCUCAUGCGGUCUCACUCCCCCCGGCUGCAUCCCUUAAUUUCCAAGUGGAGGAGCAACAGCCAUUGCUGAGAAGGUACCAGACCUCUUGCCAGGAUUCCCAGAGGUACGAUACUUACUACCAAAGAAGGAACUAUCUGAAUGAGAGCACAGGGAGCUUGCCCUCCAGCCCCUUCCGCAUCACAGAGGAUGACGAAUAUGAGACAACCCACGAGUACAUCACUGCACUAGAACAGCCAAAGAGAGCAGGCAGCAGCAGCAGGCGGUGGAGGAGAUCUAAACUGAACGGCCACCUGUCUCACAGAGGCAGAAUGCUUAGGGACUCCUUUUCAGUAAGCAGCGCCUCAUACAGUGAGUCCGACGAGGAGCUGAUAGCUGAGAGCACCCCUUUCUUAAGCAGUCGGAACAUGGAGGCCACGGACACAGAUUUGUAUCGCUCAGCUGACAACAGAACUUCCUCUUCUUUCAGCAGAUUCAACGCACAGGGUGAAAGCCAACAAACACACACCAGAUCCAGCCAAGAUUCUGCACCUCCUUAGGUGUUACACACUCUUCCUCAUGCCCACUUCCAUGAACACAUCAGUACUGAGGAAGA